AUGAAGUCAAUCAUUCUUAUUUUGAUACUGGCCGUCACAUUCAGUGUGGUCAGAUCAGAGAUCAAGUACUUCUCACAGAGAUCUGCUGAUAUCAUCAUCGAAUCACCAAUCUUCAAGCAAAACUCAUUGUUGUUCCUCAAGGGCAACGUUUACUCAAAUGUUGAGCUCACCAACAUGAAGGACGUUCAGAUCGCCUCUCUCAUCUCACACACCAUGGGCACUAUCCCAAUGGGUAGCGAUGACAGAACUGGCUUCCCAAAGCUCUCAGUCUUUAACAAGCCAAAGUUGAACCUCUUCUUCGGUCUCGAUGGUGUUUCAUCUGCUGACUUGUCCAAGGCCUCAUUGUCAUUCCUCAACACUGAGAAUGCCAUCAAUGUCGAGAAGUCAUUCUACCCAAUGGACUCUGUUGCCGAGUUGGCCACCGUUGCCACUGGUGUCACCCCAGACGUCCACGGAAUCGUUGGCUCCCACUGGGAGACCCCAGGUGCUGAGCGUAUGAACGCCUACCGCGAGAAGGCCAUCGCCCUCUCUGCCAACUUGGCCGACGUCCUCACCCAGACCUACGCUGGACAAUCGCUCAUCAUCUCGGGCUCUUCCAGCUCGGCCAUGACCGGUGCCUCCGCCGUCCACCGCGACGUUGCCAAGCAGUACCCCAACGGCAACUACCACGCCGUCUUUAGCGGUGCCUACCAGAUGCAGUCCUUGUACGGAUACAACAGAGACGAGCAGUUCAAGUUCACCAUCACCGACAUUGAGCGUAUGUUGUACGCCAACGAGUUCAGAAACUUUGUCCUCCCCACCGGCUGGUCCACCAAGCUCGCUGGCGAUCAGCUGACCAUCUUCAGCGCCGUUGGCAGCAAGGUCACCAUCGACAUUGACCAGUACAGCGCCCUCCUCAAGGAGUUGACCUUUGUUUACAAGACCGUCCGCAUGUUCUCCGAGAAGAACGCCUUCAACGGUGCCGUCGCCGACUCUGUCCCCGACAUGAUCUCCUUCACCUUUGCCACCCUCAACGGUAUGGACAAGGAGUCCGCCCUCUACAGCUUUGCCCUGCAGCUCGUCGACAAGACCAUGCAGUCUGCCUACGAGCAGCUCAACGGUCUCUACGGCCGUAUUGCCUGCGAGGUCCUCGUCAUGCCAGGUAUGCCCGCUGCUGACCAGCAGCUCAUCGACCAGAUUGCCGAGGUCGCUGGCGAGCAUAUUGUCGGCGCUGCCUCUGCCCCAACCGUCUAUUUGCAGUACGACUCCAAGGCCGAGCGCCAGACUCUCUGUGACGAGCUUGAGCAGGUCGUCUCUGCUGAGAUCAAGGUCCACUGCAUUGCCCACCCAGAGUUUGACAUCCGUCUGCUCCAGAUCAAUGCCAGCUCGUCCAACAGCUACAACAGCCCAGACUUUGCUGCUGACUCCCAGGCCACCGCUCUCUUCCAGGUCUUCCUCUUCUUGCCCAUCAUCCUCGUGUUGGCUGUCAUCUUUGGUUCUCUCUUGAUGAUGCGCAUCAGCUUCGAUGCUCAGAAGGAUACUCUGUUGUUCAGAACUGCCAGAAGAACCCAUUAA